AAGAAUACAAGUUCACAAGCCCCAUAUCUGAAAAACACCAGAGAGAGGGAGACACGCAGAAAGACAGGCAGAUAAAGAAAAGGUGAGACAUUCAGCCGUGAGCACUGUCAAACUCAAGAUAACUACCACAAACUUUAUCAAAGUUUCAGUGAGUGGACAUCAGCCAACUAAACAAGACAACCAACUACAAGACAACCUGCUGCAGUCUGCCUGGCAGGCUUAUGCAGGAGCCUUAACCGUUGGACAAUACUCAGAUUUCAGUCAUGGCCAAUUUCAGUCAUGCCCCUACACCUGGGCCAGUAGACGCAAACAGCGAGAUUCCGAUACAGCCAUCAAACAACGAUACCUUGAAUAAUGUCACAGACACCACAGAGGGCCAACUGAUCGAAAUGGCUCCUGCCAUCUUUGAAUCUGUGGAUAGCAUUUUGUUGGGAGUCUCAUUAUUAGCUGUUGCUGUGGUGUUACUGCUAUUGUUGCUGGUGGUUCUUCGGUAUAUAGCUCAUCAGAAGGGCACCUACUACACCCAUGAAGAAGCUUUAGCACUCAAGAGUGACCCAGAGGUACAGGAGGUCCAGAACAUGCCAGAGGAACCAGAAGAAGAGGAGCAGUAGUAUCUUCUGGUGAGACGCGUUGGGGGACGUUUCCUGUGCGAAGGGUAUAUCUGCAACAAAAGGAUCUGCUGUGCUUCUUCUUCCUCUUCGCUUUCAAAUCACAUACGUCAUUUCCAACAGAUGUCCUUUUCUGACUUUAAACCCAAUCACUCCAAAACUGAAAUAGAUUCCAGUGCAGAGAUGCACACUUCCAACAUAUUUUACUUUCGUGCCUCGUAGAAUACUCCAAUGUGAACAAAGUUAAAUGUUUUUUUAAAGGGAUAGUUCAACCAAAAAUGUUAAAUCUUCAUCAUUUACUAAUUUACUCAUCCUCAUGUUGUUCCAAACCCAUAUGACUUACUUUCUUCUGUGAAACACAAAGAGAUGUUCGGCAGAAUGAAAUCCUCAGUCACCACUCAGUUUUGUUGUAUUUUUUUUUUCUUUUUUUUUUUUUCAUACAAUAAAAGUGAAUGGUGACUGAGGCUAACAUUCUGCUUAACAUCUCAUUUUGGGUUUGGAACAACAUUAGGGUGAGUAAAUGAUAAUAGAAUUUUCAUUUUUGGAUGAAUUAUCCAUUUAAUAUACUGUAACUUUUACCUUUGUCCAAUAUUAAAUUGUUGUUGUUGAUUUUUUUUUUUUUUUUUUUUUUUAAGUUUAGCACUUUUUUUUUUUUUUUUAAAUGUGUGUUUCGGAAUGUGAUGUACUUUUAUACCUUGUAACAUUUUUACCAAAGUUUACAUGGUUUGUUUACAGUGAAAGUCUAUUAUAUCUUUUCAAGUAUAAUAUUAUAUAUUAUAUGCAGUAUAUAUUUUCUUUUCAGCUUUAACUUUGAAAAGUGAGAGACACUUGAUAAAUGAUCUUUCAAAAGAAAAGUUUUGCAUGCUUUUACUGACAAUCGCUUUAAACAGACAUAAAUGGAAUUACAUUAUAACAUGAUGGAAUGAUUUAUAUAUAUAUAU